AAAAAAUGUCGCCGCUCGGCGCUCGCCGGAUUUGAAUAAUUUAAUUUUAUCAUUCAAGGUCAGAAAACAACAUUUGUAUUUUAAUCAGUAAGACCCCCAAUCUAAAUGGUGAUAUCUGAACUCUCAGUCGGCACCGAACGCGUCACGCUCACAUAAUGGCUUCCACAAUGUUAAAACUUUUAAAAUCCGAAACUCCACUGCUGUUCAACCGAUCUUACAGCAACGCAGCCCCCACAACCAAACUGUACAUUGAUGGACAGUUUGUUGAAUCUAAGACAAAUAAGUGGAUUGACUUAACAAACCCCGCCACAAAUGAAGUUAUUGGAAGAGUGCCUGAAGCGACGCCGGCCGAACUGAAUUCCGCUUUGGAGGCAGCCAAGAAGGCUUACAAGUCAUGGAGCCAAAGCACUAUCAUGACUCGUCAGCAACUGAUGUUCAAGUUCGCACGUUUGCUACGCGAGAACCAGAGCAAGUUGGCGGCCAAGAUCACGGAGGAGCAGGGCAAGACCAUCGCCGACGCCGAAGGGGACGUCCUCAGAGGAAUCCAAUCGGUGGAGCACUGUUGCAGCAUUACCUCUCUGCAGCUGGGUGACUGUAUACAGAACAUUGCUAAAGACAUGGACACACACAGCUAUAAAGUGCCGUUAGGUGUUGUGGGAGGUGUAGCGGCCUUCAACUUCCCCGUGAUGAUCCCCCUGUGGAUGUUCCCGCCGGCGGUGGUGACGGGCAACGCGUGCAUCAUCAAGCCCUCGGAGCAGGACCCCGGCGCCACGCUCAUGAUGAUGGAGCUGCUGCAGGAGGCCGGUGCUCCCCCCGGCCUCGUCAACGUGGUCCACGGCACCCACGACACCGUCAACUUCUUGUGCGACGAGCCCGACAUCAAAGCCGUGUCGUUCGUCGGCGGCGACGCUGCCGGCAAACACAUCUACAGCCGCGCCUCCGCCGCAGGUAAACGCGUGCAAUCCAACAUGGGCGCGAAGAACCACGGUGUGAUAAUGCCAGACGCGAACAAGGAACAUACACUCAACCAGCUGGCUGGAGCUGCGUUCGGGGCCGCGGGACAGAGGUGCAUGGCGCUCAGCACCGCUGUCUUUGUUGGCUCAGCCAAGGAUUGGAUUCCGGAGCUGGUGGCGCGUGCGCAAUCGCUCAAGGUGAACGCUGGCCAUGUGCCCGGCACCGACGUGGGCCCCGUCAUCUCUGUUAAGGCCAAGGAGAGGAUUGAAAAGCUUGUGGAGUCUGGUGUGAAGCAGGGCGCCAAACUGGUUCUAGACGGCCGUGGCGUCAAAGUGUCUGGAUUCGAAAAGGGCAACUUCGUUGGACCGACCAUUCUCACGGAUGUCAAACCUAACAUGGAGUGUUAUAAGGAGGAAAUAUUCGGCCCAGUCCUAGUCUGUCUCUUCGUUGAUACUCUAGAAGAAGCCAUUCAAAUGAUAAACGCCAACCCCUACGGAAACGGUACAGCCAUCUUCACAACAAACGGAGCCACAGCGAGGAAGUUUGCCAAUGAAAUAGACGUUGGACAAGUGGGAGUUAACGUGCCGAUUCCAGUGCCACUAUCCAUGUUCUCUUUCACGGGUUCGCGUGGCAGUUUCCUGGGUACAAACCACUUCUGCGGAAAACAGGGCAUCGAUUUUUACACGGAACUCAAGACAAUCGUUUCAUUCUGGAGACAGAGCGACGUGUCACACGCAAAGGCAGCCGUCUCGAUGCCGACUCAACAAUAAUUUAGGAAUCUUGCCACCGCCGCCUAGCUUUAAGUGUAAUAGCAUUUAUAUUUUUUGAUUUUCUUUAUAAUAAUAUGUAUUCGUCUUCCAUGUCUUCCAUGUAUUUAAAAUAUAGAAACUAUUUUAUUAUGUAAAACGUUCAUCGAAUCAUUGUUAAUCAUGUAUCGAAUAAUAUUUACUGUUACGAUUU